UACAGCGAGAAACAACGUGUCAGUUCUUUUGAUAACAAGUCAUUGUCUUAGUGUUGCAUCUGAUAUGUUGAAUUUCAUUUUAAUUGCGAUUUUGAUUAUUUUGUCUCUGUUGUAUGUCGUUCGAAGGACCGGUCAACAGAAAGGAAAAGCGCCACCUGGACCCAAAGGCUGGCCCGUCUUCCAGAUUUUCUUGGAGUCUGAACUUCCGACUUUACAUUUAAAACUUUAUGAUUGGACUGAAAAAUAUGGAGACAUUUUUCAAUUCGAAUUACUGGGCAAGAAAUUCAUCAGUCUAAAUUCUUCUGAAGUACUGAGAGAGGCAUUUAACAAAGAACCAAAUGCAACCAUUACCUCGUUUCGGCCGCCGACAUUUACAGGAGAGUAUCAGCUUGAUAAUUAUGCCGAUGUUGGAUUUUCAUCUCCAGAUCCAUUGUGGACAAAACGCAGAAAACUCGCUUAUCAACUGCUCCGCGCCUACGGAGAAGGGUUAUCUAUAAUUGAAUCCCAAGUCAAAGAGAACCUCCAAUCCAUGCAAAACGCCAUUCGAUCCAAAGAAAACAAAAAUGUGGAUCCCAGCAGCAUUGUGGAAGAAUUCAUACUUAAUACAGUUGAAAUUCUGGUCAUAGGACGAAGCUUUGGCAGAAAGGGAGAACUGCAAAAGAUAUUAAAGAAACUUGACCACAUUCUCAACAUAACAGUCAACCCCGGAUAUGAUAUUUUGUAUGGGUUCUUGCCAUUUCUACGAUUUCUCCCUCUCCCGAUAUCCUUGAAGAUGAAAGAGUUUCGAAAGACAAAACAAGUUAUGAUGGACUAUCUGGAAACUUUGUCGAAAGAGGAAACCGUGGAAAAGGGAAUAUAUCACACACUGAAAGACAUCAUGAAACAAAGGGAUGAACACGGCAAUCAGUGGUUCACAAAAGAAAAUCUGUCAAAUCUCUUAGUGAAUUUAGUAUCCGGUGGUUACCUGACAACACGAGGGACAGUAAUGUCCAUGAUACAAAUCCUUGCUAAGAGACCAGAACUUCAGAAAGCUUUACAAAGAGAAGUGGAUGAUGUGAUAGGAUUUGACAGAGAACCUUGCCUCUCUGACAGGCAUAAAUGCCCGCUUACCGAUGCCGUCAUUCUAGAAACACUCCGUUACAUUUCACACCUUCCUCUGUCCGUCUUUCAUGGAACGUCCCAGGAAACUACAAUCGCUGGUUACACUAUAGAGAAGAACACAGUAAUUAUACCAAACGUGUGGGCAAUGCAUCUCAGCGAGAAAGAAUGGGAAGAACCAUUUACUUUUAAACCGGAGCGCUUCUUAGACGCGGAUGGGCUUUUAUUACCAGCCAAUGGCCCCAUCAGGAAAAAAUUUCUUGCAUUUGGAACAGGGAAGAGAAAUUGUAUUGGUGAAGUGUUUGCAAAAUCACGCAUAUUUCUAUUUUUGUCAACUUUAAUGCAACAGACAACGAUUUUCGAGCCCGAUGGAAAAUCAUUAUCGGAUCUUCGACAGAGAGAAAUGCUUCCUGGUAUCGUUUUACAGCCUCAGCCGUACGAAGUUCGUUUUGUUCUUCGACAAAAGUUAAAUGUAGGUCUUGCCCUGGGUAUAUAUGUAGAGUUUCUAAUUUACUGCGAGAAACAACGUGGCAGUUCUUUUUAUAAUAAGUCAUAUGUUUUAGUGUCGUCUGAUAUGUUGAAUUUCAUUUUAAUUGCUAUUUUGAUAAUUUUGUCUCUGUUGUAUGUCGUUCGAAAGACCAGUCGACAGAGAGGAAAAGCGCUACCUGGACCCAAAGGUUGGCCCGUCUUCCAGAUUUUCUUGGAAUCUGAACUUCCGACUUUACAUUUCAAACUUUAUGAUUGGACUGAGAAAUAUGGAGACAUUUUUCAAUUCGAAUUCCUGGGCAAGAAAUUCGUCAGUCUAAACUCUUCUGAAGUACUGAGAGAGGCAUUUAACAAAGAACCAAAUGCAACCAUUACCUCGUUUCGGCCGCCGACAUUUACAGGAGAGUAUCAGCUUGGUAAUUAUGCCGAUGUUGGAUUUUCAUCUCCAGAUCCAUUGUGGACAAAACGCAGAAACCUUACUUACCAAUUGCUCCGCGCCUACGGAAAAGGGUUAUCUAUCAUUGAAUCCCAAGUCAAAGAGAACCUCCAAUCCAUGAAAAAGGACAUUCAAUCCAUAGAAAACAAAAACGUGGAUCCCAGCAGCAUUGUGGAAGAAUUCAUACUUAGUACAGUGGAAAUUCUGACCAUAGGACGAAGCUUUGGCAAAAAGGGAGAACUGCAAAAGAUAUUAAAGAAACUUGAUCACAUUAUCAACAUAACAGUCAACCCCGGAUAUGAUAUUUUGUAUGGAUUUUUGCCGUUUCUACGAUUUCUUCCUCUCCCGAUAUCCUUGAAGAUGAAAGAGUUUCGUAAGACAAAACAAAUUAUGAUGGACUAUCUGGAAACUUUGUCGAAAGAGGAAACCGUGGAAAAAGGAAUCUAUCACACACUAAAAGACAUUAUGAAACAAAGGGAUGAACACGGCAAUCAGUGGUUCACAAAAGAAAAUCUGUCGAAUCUCUUAGUAAAUUUAGUAGCCGGUGGUUACCUGACAACACGAGGGACAGUAAUGUCCAUGAUACAAAUCCUUGCUAAGAGACCAGAACUUCAGAAAGCUUUACAAAGAGAAGUGGAUGAUGUGAUAGGAUUUGACAGAGAACCUUGCCUCUCUGACAGGCAUAAAUGCCCGCUUACCGAUGCCGUCAUUCUAGAAACACUCCGUUACAUUUCACACCUUCCUCUGUCCGUCUUUCAUGCAACGUCCCAGGAAACCACAAUCGCUGGUUACACUAUAGAGAAGAACACAGUAAUUAUACCAAACGUGUGGGCAAUGCAUCUCAGCGAGAAAGAAUGGGAAGAACCAUUUACUUUUAAACCGGAGCGCUUCUUAGACGCGGAUGGGCUUUUAUUACCAGCCAAUGGCCCCAUCAGGAAAAAAUUUCUUGCAUUUGGAACAGGGAAGAGAAAUUGUAUUGGUGAAGUGUUUGCAAAAUCACGCAUAUUUCUAUUUCUGUCAACUUUAAUGCAACAGACAACGAUUUUCGAGCCCGAUGGAAAAUCAUUAUCGGAUCUUCGACAGAGAGAAAUGCUUCCUGGUAUCGUUUUACAGCCUCAGCCGUACGAAGUUCGUUUUGCUCUUCGACAAAAGUAACAUUUUCCAUAAACAGCAUGUAAAAUGAAAUUUCAAU